AUGAUCACCGGCCGUACCUUCUACACCUGGAAUGGAAGAGAAAAAUGUCCAAAACUUUUUAAAAUAAAAGAGGGUCUACAACAGGGGACAGUAAACUCUCCAACACUCUUCAACAUCUUCACCAGCCAAACAUUGAACGCUUUCAAGCUGAAUCAAGACAAUAACACCUACUCGAUAGCGUAUGCAGACGACUUGAUCCUAUAUGUCGCUGCAAAAUAUCCAGAGCCACUGAAAGACCAGCUUGAAAGAUUAGUAAAUAAAAUAAACAACUACUACGCCUUGUGGAACCUACGUGUCAGCCCGGCAAAAUGUGAGACAAUAGUGUUCAGAAGACCAGCCAGAUUCGUGACCAAGGCCAAGAGAAUCAACAAUGACAACUUCAUCAUUGAAACAUUCCACCCAGUUUCAAGAGAACUCACCAAAGUCUCUACUAAAAGCAUCGUUAAAUACCUGGGCAUAAACAUAGACUACCUGGCUAAAUGUAACUCACAUCUUGAUGCGCAGCUGAAAAAAGCCCGCAACACCUACAAGUCACUGGGCAGACUCUUCCAUAACAGACACAUCAGCUCCAGAGCAAAGGUAAUCUGUUAUCAACUCCUUAUCAGACCGCUGUUAACUUACGCAUCUCCCGUCAACUGGAACCUAGGCACAGCUCAAGCUGAAAAGCUAAGAGCAUUCGAAAGAUCCUGCUUAAGAACAGCUCUAAAUAUGCACAGACGCCCAGACACUGACUAUCGAGAAAGAUUUAGCAACAAAAAGCUGUACGAUGCUGCCACCAUUCCGAGGAUCGAUAAUCACAGGAUCACGUUGACCAGAGAUUACUACAGUAAGUUCAACCAAAUAAAGAACGAUACCAUUAAAAAUCUCAAGAAUAUAAGAGGAGACUUAAACACCAACUCCGAAAAGGGCAUGCUGCAGCCACAAGCGUUCACUGCUCGUGAUAAAUUGGGAUACAUCCAGAACAGUAAAAAUGUACCCAUAAUUUAUCAUAGAAGCAGGCACAAAAGUAACAAAAAUAUAGACCUGAGUACUUUCAAACUGAUACCUGAUAAGUACUCUAUAGCUUUGCCAAAAACAGAUGAAGCGGUCUUUCACAAACUGGACCAUAAAAUAUACUGGUGGAUCGACUCACGCAGUUCUGAAUACGCCAAGCUUUUGCUCAGAAAAAGAAAUUACAAUCAGCAUUAA